GAAGGUUUCAGGUUAUCUUAUCUGACAGAUAAGGUUAUUGUUUGACAAACUGCAUUUCUUAAGUUCUUUAAAGAGACAAUGGUAUUAUGGGUUUUAAUUUCAGUGCUUUCAUUGUCUUUCAUAAGGGGUUGCUUUGUUGGAUGGUUGCCAUUCCAGGACAAAUGUUACUUCUUUAGCCAUACAACAGACUCUUGGCCAGAUGCUGGAAGUACUUGUACGCAACUUGGAUCUAAACUAGCUGAACCAAGAACAAUAGAGGCGGCCAGGUUUCUAAUCAGCCACAGUCAGAGUUUAGAUAAAAGUUUCUGGAUGGGGAUGUCAGAUUUAGUGGAGGAGGAUAGAUGGGAGUACUCUUCUACACAUGAUCGUGUAACACUUGACUUGUGGCAGCCUGGAGAACCAAAUGCCCAUACGGAUCAGAAUUGCAUGGUUAUGUGGCAGCCUUUUCACGGCAAAUGGGGAGAUAAUGUUUGCUCUGAAAAGCUUUACUUUGUUUGUGAAAUAGAUAACGGAGAUCCUCCCCAGGUAGUUGGAUAAGAUGUAUGGUGGACUUUUGUGAUAAACAUAUUAAACGUUUACAACUGC